CCGGGGCCAGGCGGAGCCAGCAGCGGGAGGAGGAGCGGGUGAGAGGUCGGCCAGCUCCGGUCGCCCACAGAGGCUGAGUCCCGGGCAGAGAGGGCGGCGGCGGCGCCCGGCGAUUUACUACGCUGAUUAAACCUGAACGAGCUGGGACAAGUGGAAAGACUGCUUGUCUAGGUUAAAGAAUUUGCCCAAGGUAACACACCCACUGUGUGGCGGAGCUGGAAACCGAACACAGAUCUCCUGACUCCUAUUCUGGUGUUUUGACCACAGGACCAUCUCUGCCCUACAUGUUGUAAGGUGAAUCACCUUGAUGCAGGUGAAUCGUUUAUGGAAAAUCCUACAGUUUGAGAGAUUUCAUUGAAAAUGACUAGCAAAACAACUAGCACAACAAACAAUAUAGCUCAGGCACGAAGAACUGUACAGCAGUUAAGAAUAGAAGCUUCUAUCGAAAGAAUAAAGGUGUCAAAAGCAUCAGCAGAUCUCAUGUGCUAUUGUGAAGAACAUGCCAGGAAAGAUCCUUUACUAAUGGGCAUACCUGCUUCUGAAAACCCUUUCAAGGAUAAAAAAACAUGCAUUAUAUUGUAGCAGAGCAGUAAGUACCUCCAUAGCUUUCCCAAGCAAAACAGACUACAAGCAAAUUAUUAGAGAAAUAACCUUAUGGUCACCUGAUAUCAAUGGUGUAAAACAGCAAUGUAUUUACUAUGUGUGUAAACGAAUUUUUAAGUUUAAGAUUUUUUUUUCUUUAUAGUAUCCUUACUGGGAAGGAAGAUUAUAAACUAAAUUAUCCUAUUUCUUGUAAAAUGGAAUGGGGUCUGUGGCAUGCAGCUGGUAAUUCUCUUGUGUUGGCUUUUAUGUCGAUAUAACUAUGUUGCUCAGGGUGUGAAAAAUCCAUGCCUCCCGAGUGACGUAGUUAUACCAGCCUAACCCCCCGUGUAGACAACUCUGUCGGCGGGAGAACUUCUCCCGUCGACAUUGUUACUGCCUCUCUGGGAGGUGGAUUAAGUACGCCCAUCGGUAUAGGAGCAUCUUCACUAAAGCGAUCUGCUGCAGCACUGUAUGUGAAGACUAGCCCUAAGGAGAGAGGCCUGGAUGAGGUGAAGGUCUUUUAAAAAAUGUGUAAUGUCUGCAUUUCAGUUUAAGGUAUUAGGCUACACAAUCAAGAUCAAAGUUGCCUGAUCUUCACCUACAGAUCAGCAAGGUAGACAAGUAAUUUGACUCUUAAUCAAGAUUAAUUUACUGUAGCUUUUUAAAAAUAGUGUAUUUGUAUUCAAUUAGUGUAUUUAUGUAUUGGUUUUGUGUGUGUGUGUGUGUAUAUAUAUAUAUGUGUUUGUGUAUAUACACAUUCCAAAGUGCAUUCUCUCUGACAAGACUCCUUGCAAACAACUGCUGCAAUUAUUGAUAAACUCCAUAGGUUCAUGCCUUUACCUUCAGUUAUGUCUUAACUCUUUUUAAAAGUGAAAAAUCUGUUUUUGUGUCAAGAAUCAAUAGAUUUCUGAUGAUUUAUGUAAUUUUUCAUUUUUGAGAAGAUCUAAUAAAGGAGAAUUUUAAUCCUUUUAUUCUGCCCCUCUAAAUUUUCUCCUCAAAUUAUGAUCAAUGUAGCUCCUUUAAUAGGGCUACGUAAGACUCCAACACUUUGGAACUAGCAUUUCUCUUGCCCCACUGCUAAGGUGAGGGGGAGGAUUCUAUCACUCCAAGCCACAUGGGUCACCUGUGCAAGUCUCAUUUAGGUUUUGUGCAGUGAUCCAGGAUUUGGUUCUUUUAAUAAUUGAGUUCCCCUUUUUUUAAGGAAAAAGAAGCCAAAUCCUAUCCAGAUUAUGAUCAAGCAAAUGUAAUUGGAUGGCCUUUCCAUAACAUCACUGAUUUACAAAUAGCCUAAUAAAGUUUAUAUACAAGUCUUGUGUAUUGAUGGAAUAAGUGAGUGGAAAGAAAACAAUAUUGACUUCUAGUAGGUUACCAAUGUGUUUUUGUGUGUGGGGGUGUUUCUCUAUAGCCAGCUAUACAAUACCUGAAAUUGUGAUCUUCUGUAAUGAUAUUUACAGAAAUUAUUAACCACUUUUAAUUUACUGUUUUAUGUUGCAUGUGUCUAAUUCUGUAUUAAAUUAUAUAGACACUGUUAAUAAUAUGUUAUGUUUUUAACAAACCUCCUUUCAAAAAUCUAAAUUUGAGACUUCCUGUAAGAAAAAAUAAAUGCACGGAUUGUUCUGUGCUGACAUUCAAAUUAUUUUUAUAAUUAGAAUAUUUUUCUAAUAACAAUUUCAAAACAAUCUAGAUUUUCACUGAUUUUAUUUACCAUAUUUCAGUCAUCAUUUUAUAAUGCAUCUUGAUAAAAAUAGUAAUUAACUUAGCUGUAUACUUUCAUAACUGAGCUACUAGCAGCAGUCAUGCUGUUUUUCUUCAGUUCUGUAAUACCUUGUUUUUUUCAAAGUAACUUUUUACAACCAAAAUAUUGCCCUUCUGUUGAUCUGUUAUGGCCUGUGUUGUCAGCAAUUUGUGGCUAAAUGUUUGAACUGUUUAGAACCCAAAUGAAUAUAUGAAAAUGUAAUAUAUACAAAUAUGGUGAUACAAAGGUCAUUUUGAUACCUGGCUCUUUCUCUUUGGCCAUUUCUAAGCUAUUAGUUUAUGAUCCUUCUUACUCAUAGAAUUUCAUGUCAGAAGUAUUCAGCUAAAUUAGAACUUUACAAACUUGUUUUAUAACUACUUAAGUUGCAUUAAUUUGAGUAAUGAGUUUAACUGCAGACUUUUUUUUAAACUUUCUUUUUAAACUUUUAAAUUUUCUUUUGACCUGAAUCCAUUUUGUUCGGUUACUACUUCCAUAUCAAAUCUAUCCAGCAUUUUUACAACUGGAGUCAUAAGUGCCAUGAUUGU